AUGAGGCGAUACUUAUCAAUCGUCCUUGUAGUGAUGCGAACAGCGACUGCGGCUCGAAUCGCGCUACUGACAGACGUGGAAGGCAAUUGGCAGUAUGUGCGCAAUGUGGUGCGUCAGUCUUCGUGUCUGUUUCUGGCUUCCAGCGGCCAAGACGAGACGCUGGAGCUUCGUGACGACUGCGUGCUGGUGUUCGGAGGCGACGCUGGAGAUAAAGGAAACGAUACAUUAAAAUGCUACGAGCAGCUGGUGAGUCUCAAAAAACGGCAUCCGGAUCGCGUCGUCCUUCUCGUGGGCAAUCGCGACGUGAACAAAAUGAGGUUCACGUCGGAGUUACAUGAUACAGAAAUGGAUUUACACUCAAUGGCUAAAGAGGUUUUGGAAGGCCCGAUGUGGGUGCCCGUGGACAAACGCAUGACGUUGACACAGUUUUUGGCUAAAGAGCAGAAGAAAGAAGAUGGUGAUGGUGCGGACGACACAAUUGAAGCUGUUAAUUCCAAGACGAACCGCCUGAAAUGGAUUCUGGAGCACACGAUGGGAGCACAGGGAGACUUUGAACGUCGACGGACUGAGCUGAUGUUGCGUCAAGACGUUGAUGACGUGACGAACGAAAACGUUGUGAAGUCAUAUGUGGAAAGUGUCAUAGAAGGAGGCGCAUUGCGUGAGUUUUUGCUGCACGGGAGUCUGGCAUUUGUGGCUCAUCAGACAUUGUUUGUGCAUGGCGGUAUCAUCGAUGGCGACAACGACGCUGGUUUGUCUGCGCUGGGUCGAGUGCCUAAUGAACCUUCAAAGCAUUUUGAUUCGGUGUUGGAGUGGGUGGAUGCACUGAACGCGUGGUACAGAGGCCAAGUUCGGGAAUGGAUCGAGCAUCCGACAUGGAAUGAAGACCAUUCAUUUCGCGGCGGAAACGAACUGCUACAAUACGUACUUCCGGAUUACACGGGCAGUGUUGUCAUGGGCCGACAUCUUCUGGCGUCCGGCAUGCCAAUUCCGCUUCCAGACGCAAUUGCGUCUCAACUGUCUGAAAAUGGAAUUCGACGUGUAAUCAUUGGACAUACACCUCACGGCAAUUGUCCAACGGUCAUUAAGCAGCCUCAUCAGCGACAUGAUACCUGUGCAAGAGAUCGUAGCAACGAUACAGUCAUUUUUCAGGAUGUUGUCAUGUGCGACACAAGUUAUAGCGAUGUACGAGCCCCAGACAACCGUGGCGGCGCUGCGUCUGAGGUGGUGGUGGAGCCCUUAGGUCGCGUGCGUGUAAAUGGUGUUUUGGAGAACAGUCAUUGCAUCAAGUAUAAUCUCGACGAGGAUCCAUGGAUCGGUCGAUGGCUUCGCGAUGGAACCAUGGUAAAGGCUCGUCUUGUCAACGAAGACGCAAGCGGAGAAGAAGAGUCGUAUCUUGUGUUCCGCGUGGAGAAUGGUUAUUCGUACUCAUAUUUUUACCACACGGUUACGAAACUCCAAGAAAUUGGCCUGAAGUAUUGA